GCCUCACGCGCGCAUGCGCAGCCGCCGCCCGGCAGCGUUGCUCUGAGGUGUGCAGCAGUUGGGCUGCGCGCGCCCGGCCGUUGGGCUGAGGUAACGGCACGGGGCGGUGGCUGAGGGGACGGAACUUCCCCCUUCUCUCCCCACCCCGGCUCGGGCGCUUCUCCGGGUUUAGUGAGUCUCUGCAUGCAGCCCGGGGCCGCCGCCCCUGAGGGGCAAUGAGCGGGCACGCAGAGGUGAAAUUUGAAGCAUGGGUGGUGACCAGUCAAAUUCUGCCUGACUCAGCAUGUUCCUUGAGAUGUGGUGGUGUGGAACAGACCCUGAGUUGUUUUCCUUUGCUUUCAAGAGCUUUAGCAUAUAUGGUGGCACACACACACUCCAGACUCCUUUUAUUCAGCUCAACAUCAGCUGGCCUCAUGUCUCAUUCAGCUUGUCCAGCAUGUCAUGACUGGGGGCCUUCUGCCAAUGUGAUGCUGAUUUUGUCUUGCAUCUGUGCUGUCUCUGCUGUUCCUGGGGAAAAUUCAGUUCGAGUGAAAAUACCUUUUGGGAACAAAUACCUUGACGCCAUCUUUUCUGUUCCAAAGAAGAAGUUAAGAUACGGAGUGAUUCUUACCCAUGGAGCCGGAGGAGAUAUGAAUUUCCCUCACUUAGUUUCUUUGGCAACCUAUCUUGCAUCCUAUGGAAUUCUGUGCCUGCGGUUUACUUGUAAAGGCCUUAACAUUGCUUAUAGGACUAAAGCUUACAAAGCAGUUGUGGAAUACUUAAAGCUUUCUGGUGAUUAUAAACUUUCAGGUGUCUUCCUUGCAGGCCGUUCCAUGGGCUCACGAGCUGCUGUCUCAGUGAUACGUCAGCUCAGCCAAGAUGAUGAUGAUGAUGGCUUCAUUCAAGGUCUAGUGUGUUUAUCUUACCCGCUGCAUCGACCGAAACUGCAGUCCAAGCUCCGGGAUGAAGAUUUAUUAUUUAUCAGGUGUCCGGUGCUGUUUGUCUCGGGAUCAGCAGAUGAGAUGUGUGAAAAACAAUUGUUAGAAGGUGUGGCAAGCAAAAUGAAAGCCCCUAAAAAAAUCCAUUGGAUUGAUAAAGCAAACCAUGGGAUGGCUGUUAAAGGACGAGGAGAAGAUGAUGUCAUGGAAGAAAUAAACACACAAGUUUUUUCCUGGCUUAGAGAGAACAUCGAACUGGAGCACAAAUGACUUGCAGUGGUUAAGUAGUAUCUUCAAUCAGCUUUUUCCUAAAUGCAACAAAUCAGUUUGAGACGUGUGUUUUUGAAAACAAGUAUUUUAGAAGUCUAAGGGUAAAUGUAAAUAAAACUUUUUUUUUUUUUGUGAAUGGACAAAAAUAUGCAAUACAAUAAGAAACAUUUGAAAAGAAAGAUGGGAAACAUCAAAUAUUCAGUGUCUGGACAGCAUUGUUUUUAGUAUUUCCAUGCAAAAACUAUAUGCAACACUUAAUGCUCUGCAUUACCAAGUAAAUGGUUUUUGACUUGGUUUUUUUCAG